ACUACGAUGUGGCGCUGAAAUCAAUGAAAAAUACUGGUCUCGCCUUGAUCCGAACCUUUGGCCUGUUUACUAAUCUGUGCUGUCAGUUUGCAAAGUUUGCGGCACAUUUUAGAGAUCUUAAAUAUGCAACUAAUUUUUACAUAAAUAAUAUAUAAGAUCAAGUUUUUUAAGUUAUAGGAAUUAUAUUAAUUGGAAAACAAUUGUCAGAAAAAUGACACAAGACACGGAAGUCAUUGAAUUGAUGUCAGAUGAAGAUGAGGAUACAGAAAAAUCUAAAUCUAAAGUUUGUAAUAGUAAUUGCAUCAAUUUUAAAUGUCGUUCUGGAUUAAAUAUGAUUAUAGCACCUUCCUUUGCAUGUGCUUUUUAUGGAGUCUCGAUUGAAAAAAAGAAAAAACGUAUAAUAUGUAAAGAAUGUUUUGAAGCUGCAAUGCAACAUCAAAGGCAACUGAUAAAAGCUCUUACAGAGAAUAAAUCACUAUUAGAUUGCCAUUUUCCGGAUCAUACAAUGGAAGUAGAAAUUUCUGAUAGCGAUGAUUCUGAUGAUGACAAGAAAAAGGAACUGGAUGAUGAUGAAUAUAUACCAGAAGAUGUUCUUUUAGAUAUUAAGGAUAGAUUAGAUGAUACUUUAUUACAUAUUUUCAAGAAGUAUAAUAUAGAGCAGCAGACUAAAACUGCAUAUAACUAUAUGCAAAAAAAAUGGCAAGAUAUACGUGCAACAAAUGAAUCUCUUCAUACUGAAAUACGGGGAGUAAUGCGUACUAUGGAUAAAUUGCGUAACAAGUUAUAUGAGGACUUUAGGCCACAAAUUAAAAUGCUUGAAGAACUUCAAAUAAAUGACGGAGUUACGGAAAAUGUCCAUCCUCUUGUAGCAACAAAGAAAGUGACGCAAGUACGCAUUCCACCUGCCACAUUACCACAAGAUAAUCAGCUGGAAGUUUUAGCAAUUGAGCCAUCAAACCUACAAAAAGUAAUAGUUCCUAAAUUACCACCAACUGGUCUACUUGUAAAAUCACCUCCAAAGAUAGACAGCAUAGUUUAUAUUAUGAAAAAUCCAGUUAUGCCAUGGAUUAAAGCAAAGAUCCAACUUAUAAUUUCGACAAAUCCAUGGGCUUUUCGUGUAAAAUUGUUGCAAAAGAAGUAUAAUGCAGCAGUCAAGACCAUUUCUGGUAAGCAGGUAGCAGUAGCCGAACUGUCUCAAGUUAUGAUUCCGGUUGGAACACGAGUUGUGGCUGUAUUUCACGAUGUUACUUUUAGUAAUUAUUAUAGUGGUAUAAUUGCCGAACCACCAAAAUCUACAAAUAAAUAUAGAUAUUUAGUGUUUUUCGACGACGGUUAUGCUCAGUAUGUCACCCAUAAAGAUAUCUACCUGGUUUGGGAGAUCUCACCGCGAAUUUGGGAAGAUGUUCCCAGCGAAUCGCGAGAUUUUGUGAAAAAAUACUUGGAAUCAUAUCCCGAAAGGCCAAUGGUGAAACUGCAAACAGGUCAGAUAGUCAAGACUGAGUGGAAGGGCAAAUGGUGGCUCGCGAGAGUCAUACAGGUCGACGCGAGUUUAGUGCAAAUGCAUUUUGAUGCUGAUAGGAGAACCGAAUGGAUUUACCGUGGAUCAACUAGAUUAUAUCCUUUGUAUCUCGAGAUUCGGAAAGCCAAUGCCAGACAACAACUUCAACAAUCGGGCAACGCACACGCUCGACAUCGUAUUCCUGUCGUUUCUAAUAAAAGUAAUUCACCUUAUGUUGAAUACACAUCUAACGUGGAAGAAGAUGUAUCACAAAAUGCACAAGUAGAAAAAACAGCAGUUACUGUUACAAGUAUAGCAUCCAGUACAUCGUCCGUUGUACCACAACAAUCGCGUGCGGUAGCUAAAAAAAGUACUGCUAAAAGACAAAAUAAUCUAGAUAGUAUGAUAUAUAAUUCUAUGAUAGAAACGAAACCGUCGCAUAGUAUCGUUUUUUACCAUACGCAAAGGAAAUAUGAACCAAAAAAAUAUGUUUCGCACAAAUGUGGACCAAAAUGUAUCAAAAACAUCAAAGUUUCACACGAUGAUCUCAAAGGACUUUCUCCACUCUCUGUUCCUCUAUUAUGUGGCUGGCAUCGUCAGCUUUGUAAAUAUUCUAAGGGCAAAAAAGUUAUAAUAUACCAAUCGCCAUGUGGCAUCAGGCUGCGAAAUAUGGAGGAGCUGCAUCGUUAUCUUCGUAUUACUGAGAGUACAUUGUCGGUUGAUCUGUUCGAUUUUGAUUACUGGGUACGUGCCUUCGCGGAUUUUGUCGUGGAGAAGUGCUUCAUCAACAUCAAAGAUCUCAGUUAUGGCGUGGAAAAUGUACCAAUACCAUGCGUGAACGAGUUGGAUCAUACUCAACCGGAUACUAUAAGAUACACCACAGAUCGAGAACCAACUGAAGGCGUUAAUUUAAAUUUGGAUCCUGCAUUUUUAUGCAGCUGCGAUUGCGAGGACGAUUGUCAAGAUAAAACAAAAUGUCAAUGCUGGCAAUUAACCAUACAAGGAGCAACUCUGGGAGGAAAAGUGCCAAAUACUGACGUUGGUUACAUUUAUAAACGUUUGCCCGAACCUGUAACCACGGGAAUUUACGAAUGUAAUUCGGGAUGCAAGUGUUCGGUGAAAACGUGUCUCAACAGAGUAGUGCAGCAUCCUCUUGGCUUAAGGUUACAAGUAUUCAAGACGGGACCGCGUGGUUGGGGCAUAAGAUGCCUCAAUGACAUCCCUCAUGGCGCUUUUAUCUGCAUAUAUGCAGGGAGAUUACUCACUGAACAAGGCGCAAACGAGGGAGGCAAGAAUUACGGCGAUGAGUAUCUGGCAGAAUUAGAUUAUGUGGAAGUAGUAGAAGGUUUCAAGGACGGUUAUGAGAGCGAUGUUCUCGAAUCAGAAAUACCGCAAUCAACAGCGGAAGAGGAUGAUAAGAAAAAAGCUAUCGACGUGAGUGAUGAGGAAGAUAAUACGAAGGGAAACACGAAUGACUCAGAUGAAGAUUUCAAUAUCGAUAACUACGUGGCUGACAAUAAAGAUUUGUUGGAAACAACUGCGGAAUCUUCCUCUAUCAGGAAACGUCUAAGAAAACGAAAAAGAGAAGAAACGGACAAUCAACCAGAUGUGUCCGAAGAGAAUAGCGAGGAUGGAAGCAUUACGAGAGGUUCGGAAAAUACGGCAAAGUCAUCUAUCAGUGAAAAUCAAGAUACAAUCAACAUAAGUGAUGAUGAUGAGAGUAGAAACGAUGUAAGAAGGGAACCAAGUAGGUUUGAACCGAAUAUGGAGCCAAAUCAAAUAGAAAAAUCGGCAUUCAAAUCCGUAAGAGAUUAUUUCGGCGAAGAUGAAGCUGUUUACAUCAUGGAUGCCAAAACGACUGGAAAUAUUGGUCGUUAUUUAAAUCACUCCUGCGAUCCAAAUGUGUUUGUACAAAAUGUUUUUGUCGAUACACAUGAUGUGCGUUUCCCGUGGGUAGCAUUUUUUGCUUUACAAUACAUAAAAGCUGGACAAGAAUUAACAUGGAAUUACAGUUACGACGUAGGAAGUAUACCGGGUAAAGUAAUCAUUUGUAAAUGUGGUGCAGCAAAUUGUCGAGGACGUCUUCUAUAAACUUUGCAAUUUAUUUCUUUUAACAAUCCGUCAAUUGAUUUUAUAUAAUAUAAUCAUAUUAUAUUAUAUCAUAUUAUACUGCCAUUAUUUAUCUACCAAAAAAAAUUUACAAUGUAAAAAUGUAUAAUAAGAUAUAUAAUUUAAGAGAUUUUGAGUUUGUUCUUUAUAGCUGAAUUGAACUGAUUGUUCUAGUUCAGAGUUUGUUUUUUUUUUUCUGCUGAAAGGAGAAAGCUUAAUUCUGAACUAGUGCAGCCAGUUCAGCUCAGUUCAGUUACAAAAAAACAGACUUUUAUUUCACUUGUAUAAAAAUUUGCACUAUAUAUCUGCUUGAUUUUCCAUGUUACAUUCACAUUUAUAUCUACAUUCAUGAACAAUUUGCAUCCAUAUUUACCUCUAUAUCCACCUCACAUUCCGGAAUUUAAUUUUUUAUGAAUUAUUUCUCUGAGUCAUAUUGUGUUAAUUAAUAUUUCAAUGAUUAAAUAAUUAAAUAUGAUUUAAUAAUAUAAAAAAAGUAUAUUCUUGUCAUCUUUCUAUUUGGAAUAUGAAGUUCAGGGCUUGUGUAAUUGGAUAUGAAAAACGAGAUCAAUGUGUUCAUAUAACAAUGAUGUAUUUGCUUAUUACUUUUGAUUAUUGUACAUCCUUAGCAUCCAUUAGAUACGUUACACCUUAUUAGCAUUGCAAAUGUAUUACUUCUUUUUUAUCGCAAUUUAUACAUAUCUUGUUCAAAACUCAAUUCAACGCACAAGUAUCUCAAAGGACAGUUUAGCACUUUGUUUCAGAGUAUAAGGAAUUCCACCGACCUAAUCACGAAAAUAUCGACUUAAAAUGGAGAAUAAAAUAUUAUAAACAAUUGUGACAUAAAAAUGUAUAAAAAGGUUUUUAGGAAAAUUUUCUAUAAAUUAAUAACAAACAAUAUGUACCAUCUUAUAGAAUAUAUCAAAAUACAUUAUAUUUUAUAUUG